AUGGUCGGUUCCGGUUCUCACACUCCUUAUGAUAUAUCAAACUCUCCCUCUGAUGUAAAUGUCCAACCUGCAACACAACUAAAUUCCACCUUGGUGGAAGAUGACGAUGUGGAUAAUCAGCUGUUCGAAGAGGCUCAAAUCACUGACACUGGAUUCCGUUCUGCAUCAGCUUCCGACAAUUCAUGUGCGUAUUGUGGCAUAGAUUCUGCAAAGUGUGUCAUCAAAUGUAAUUCAUGUAAGAAAUGGUUUUGUAACACUAAAAACGGUACAAGUAGUUCUCACAUUAUUAAUCACUUAGUUUUAUCUCACCAUAACGUGGUUUCGUUACAUCCAGAAUCCGACUUAGGGGAUACCGUAUUGGAAUGUUAUAAUUGUGGACGCAAGAACGUGUUUUUGCUGGGAUUUGUUUCCGCUAAAAGUGAGGCUGUGGUUGUUUUACUUUGUAGAAUACCUUGUGCCCAGACGAAAAAUGCAAACUGGGAUACUGAUCAAUGGCAACCCUUAAUUGAAGAUAGACAACUUUUAUCAUGGGUCGCAGAACAACCUACUGAAGAGGAGAAAUUGAAGGCUCGCCUAAUCACGCCCAGCCAAAUUUCCAAAUUGGAGGCAAAAUGGAGAUCUAAUAAAGAUGCCACGAUUAACGAUAUUGACGCCCCUGAGGAACAAGAAGCAAUUCCACCUUUAUUAUUAAGAUAUCAAGACGCCUAUGAAUACCAAAGAUCUUACGGACCUUUAAUUAAAUUAGAGGCUGACUACGAUAAACAACUCAAGGAAUCUCAAGCUUUGGAACAUAUUUCUGUUUCGUGGUCCUUAGCUUUAAAUAACAGGCAUUUAGCAUCUUUCACUUUAUCUACUUUCGAAUCUAAUGAGUUAAAAGUUGCCAUCGGUGAUGAAAUGAUAUUAUGGUACUCUGGCAUGCAACAUCCUGACUGGGAAGGUCGUGGUUACAUUGUUCGCUUGCCAAAUAGCUUCCAGGAUACAUUCACGUUGGAGUUAAAACCAAGUAAAACUUCACCGCCAACGCACUUGACCACUGGUUUUACUGCUGAGUUCAUCUGGAAAGGUACUUCUUAUGACAGGAUGCAAGAUGCGUUGAAAAAAUUUGCCAUUGAUAAAAAAUCCAUUUCAGGUUAUUUGUACUAUAAAAUUUUAGGCCAUCAAGUGGUUGACAUUUCAUUUGACGUCCCAUUACCAAAGGAGUUCUCGAUUCUGAAUUUUGCUCAAUUAAACUCAUCUCAGUCCAACGCCGUUAGCCAUGUCUUGCAACGCCCAUUAUCUUUAAUUCAAGGCCCUCCAGGUACUGGUAAAACAGUUACUUCUGCAACGAUAGUAUAUCAUCUUUCCAAAAUACACAAGGAUAGGAUAUUGGUGUGCGCCCCAUCCAACGUUGCUGUGGAUCAUUUGGCGGCCAAAUUGCGUGACUUGGGUUUGAAAGUUGUUAGACUUACUGCAAAGAGUAGGGAAGACGUUGAAAGUUCAGUCUCCAACUUAGCUUUGCAUAAUUUGGUUGGCCGUGGUGCUAAAGGGGAAUUAAAAAACCUAUUAAAGCUAAAGGAUGAAGUUGGCGAAUUAUCCGCUUCUGAUACAAAACGAUUUGUCAAAUUAGUAAGGAAAACAGAGGCUGAAAUUCUAAAUAAGGCAGACGUUGUAUGUUGCACAUGUGUUGGUGCUGGUGAUAAGCGCUUAGACACUAAAUUCAGGACCGUGUUGAUUGAUGAAAGUACUCAAGCUUCUGAGCCGGAAUGUUUAAUCCCAAUUGUUAAAGGCGCCAAACAAGUUAUACUUGUUGGUGAUCACCAGCAAUUGGGCCCGGUCAUAUUAGAACGAAAGGCUGCAGACGCCGGUUUGAAACAGUCCCUUUUCGAGAGAUUAAUCUCUCUAGGUCACGUACCAAUUCGUUUGGAAGUUCAAUAUCGUAUGAACCCUUAUUUGAGUGAGUUCCCGAGUAACAUGUUUUAUGAAGGCAGCCUACAAAAUGGUGUAACGAUCGAGCAGCGUACCGUUCCCAAUAGUAAAUUUCCAUGGCCAAUUCGUGGUAUACCAAUGAUGUUCUGGGCCAAUUACGGUAGAGAGGAGAUUUCCGCUAACGGUACUUCCUUCUUGAACAGAAUCGAAGCCAUGAACUGUGAGCGAAUCAUUACUAAACUUUUCAGAGACGGUGUUAAGCCCGAGCAAAUUGGUGUUAUUACACCAUAUGAGGGACAAAGAGCUUAUAUUUUACAGUAUAUGCAAAUGAAUGGUUCCUUGGAUAAGGAUUUGUAUAUCAAGGUAGAAGUUGCUUCAGUUGACGCAUUCCAAGGUCGUGAAAAGGAUUACAUCAUCUUAUCGUGCGUCCGUGCCAAUGAACAACAGGCCAUAGGUUUCUUACGUGACCCUCGUCGUUUGAACGUGGGCCUAACCCGUGCCAAAUAUGGUCUAGUCAUUCUUGGUAAUCCUAGAUCUUUAGCAAGAAACACAUUAUGGAACCAUCUGUUAAUUCACUUUAGAGAAAAAGGAUGUUUAGUCGAAGGUACAUUGGAUAACUUACAGUUAUGCACUGUUCAAUUAGUUCGCCCUCAGCCAAGAAAGACUGAACGGCCAAUAAAUCCUCAAUUUAACGUAGAGUCUGAGAUGGGUGACUUUCCAAAAUUCCAGGAUUUCGAUGCACAAAGUAUGAUGUCAUUCAGCGGACAAAUUGGUAAUUUUAGUAAUGCUUUUGUUGAUAACACAGAGCUUUCUUCUUACAUUAAUAAUGAAUAUUGGAAUUUUGAAAACUUCAAAAGCGCUUUUUCUCAGAAGCAGAAUCGCAAUGAAAUAGACGACAGGAAUCUAUACCAGGAGGAGGCUUCUCAUUUGAACUCUAAUUUUGCGAGGGAGCUACAGAGAGAAGAACAAAAGCAUGAAUUGUCAAAAGACUUCAGCAAUUUAGGGAUAUAA